UCUUCCGUCCCUUCUCAGUUUCCCUUCCUCCUCCUUUCCUACUUUAUAAUUCACCCCAUACAACAGCAGCAUUCAUUAUUCAACCACACUCAAUCGAUCCACCACCGCCAUGGACUACUCCUCUUAUCCUCCUCUCCUCCACCGCCCCUCUCCCUCCUCCAAGAAGAAGCUCCUCUGGUGUCUCUCCGUCGCCGGAGCCUCCGCCGUGCUCCUCCUCUGCCUCCUCUCCCCCCGAAACACCAAUGGCGUCGAGCCGGGGAAAGCUCAAAACCUCCCGGUCUCCCGUGGCCCCGCCGCCGGCGUCUCGGAGAAGUCCACCGGCUCGAGGCUGUUCUCCGACUCGUCGUACCCCUGGACCAACAACAUGUUCCUCUGGCAACGCACCUCCUUCCAUUUCCAACCAGAGAAGAAUUGGAUGAAUGAUCCUAACGCGCCUGUUUACUACGAGGGAUGGUAUCACCUGUUCUACCAGUACAACCCCGACUCCGCCGUGUGGGGGAACAUAACGUGGGGGCACGCUGUCUCCCACGACCUCGUCCACUGGCUCUACUUGCCCGUCACCAUGGUUCCCGAUCGCUGGUACGACGCCAAUGGCGUGUGGACCGGGUCCGCCACGCUCCUCCCCGACGGCCGCCUCGCCGUGCUCUACACCGGCUCGACCGCCGAGUCGGUCCAAGUCCAGAACCUCGCUUUCCCGGCGGACCCCACCGACCCGCUCUUGCUGUCGUGGGCCAAGCAUGGGGAGAACCCGGUUCUCGUCCCGCCGCCGGAGGUCCAGGCGAAGGACUUCCGGGACCCCACCACCGCCUGGUUCGUGGGAGACGCGUGGCACGUCGCCAUUGGAUCGAAGAAUGACACGCGGCGGCACGCGGGGAUCGUGCUGGUCUACCGGACGGUUGACUUCUUAAAGUACGAGUUGCUCCCCGGCGCGCUGCACGAGGUGGAGGGCACGGGGAUGUGGGAGUGCGUGGACUUCUACCCGGUGGCGACGGAAUCGGCGACGGGGCUGGACACGUCGGCGCCGGCAGGUCCCGACGUGAAGCACGUGCUCAAGGCCAGCCUGGACGACGACAAGCACGACUACUACGCGAUCGGGAGGUACGACGCGUCGCGAAACUCAUGGGAGCCAGAUGAGCCGGCGGCCGACGUCGGUAUCGGGCUGCGGUACGACUACGGCAAGUUCUACGCGUCCAAGACAUUCUUCGACCCGGCGAAGCGGCGGCGAGUCCUGUGGGGUUGGGUCGGUGAGACCGACAGCGAGCGGGCCGACGUGGCCAAGGGCUGGGCGUCCCUCCAGGCCAUUCCAAGAACCGUAGUGUUCGACCAGAAGACCGGCAGCAACCUCCUCCAGUGGCCGGUGGAGGAGGUCGAGAGGCUGAGGAUCGCCGGAAAAGAGUUCGCCAACGUCACCCUCGCCGCCGGCUCCGUCGUGCCCUUGGACGUCGGAGCAGCCACUUUGGACAUCGUCGCGGAGUUCACGGUGAACAAAUCUGCACUGGCCGAUGUCGGAUACAACUGCAGCACGAGCGGUGGAGCCGCCGGCCGGGGCGCGCUCGGCCCGUUCGGUUUGCUCGUGCUGGCCGACCGGGACCGUCUGGAGCAGACCGCGGUGUAUUUCUACGUUGGGAGGAGAACCGACGGCGGCAUCACCACCCAUUUCUGCCAAGAUGAGCUCAGGUCGUCGUUGGCCGGUGAUCUGGCGAAGAGAGUGUACGGAAGCUUGGUUCCGGUGCUUGAUGGUGAAACCUUAUCGCUAAGGAUAAUGGUGGAUCAUUCGAUCGUGGAGAGCUUUGCGCAAGGAGGGCGGAGGUGCAUCACAUCGAGGGUGUACCCGACGAGGGUCUACGGGCAGACGCAGAUCUUCCUCUUCAACAAUGCCACCGCCGGGGACGUCACCUGCAAGUCAGUCAAGGUCUGGCAGAUGGACUCCGCCUCCAUCAGGCCGUUCAACGACGGAGAUCACUCGACGUCCACCAAGCUCCCGACUAGCUCCGCUCCAUCUUCACCUAGAAUUAAAAGAGAGUGAACAAAAGAUAAUUACGUAAUUUAUGGUCAAGCAAGGUGUAUUUAUUCAUUCUUAAAUUUCUAUUAAGGGAUGUAAAAUGUAAUUAAUGGUAUUAUGAAGAUAAUUUGAGAUACUUAACUACCAA